GUCACGUGACAGGACUGGUUGGCAAAAAGAGUUAUUUACAUGGCCGACUGAUCACGUUGUUUUGGUUUCUUUGUCUCGGUUUAAAAAUGGUUGUGUCUUGUUGUGUGGUCGGUUGCACAAGUAGAUUUGACAAAGAAAACCCAAGAAGCUUUUACCGCAUCCCAAAGAAACCAGACGACCGUAGAAAUCGUUGGAUUGGAGCCAUAAAGCGUGUGUUAGCCGAUGGGCGUCAACAAUGGGAGCCUACAGAUUAUGAUCGCGUUUGCCAUCGUCACUUCAUAACAGGAGAGAAAAACAAUGACAAGAAUAGUCCUGACUACAUUCCCUCCAUCAACAUGGGUUACCAGGACACCAAAUUAAGUGGUACAAUCCGCCAUGCCAGACACCAGCGACUGGAGGUCCGAAAAUCUGAAAAGCAGAAGAAGCAAGCCACUUCUGCAUUACUAGAUUUGUCAAACACAGAAAAUCUUAUUGACACACAAGCAGAAGGUAGACAAUCAUUUAUUUGCAUGUACAUGUAUAUGUGAUCCAAAUUUCAAUAUUUUGGACAUAGUUUGGGAAAUAUUAAUUUAAUUAAUUACACAAACACACAUAUUAAUCACGUAUAAUGUGAACACUCCCAACAACAAAUUAUAGAUGCUAAAUAUAAAAUAUGUACAUUAUGGUAAUAAAUAAGAGUAGGUAUUAAUAAACUUUUUUUAAAACCAAAUUAAGUUACAAUGUUUUUUUUACUAGUCAGACAAGUAUUUACACUUCAUUUUGGUACAUCUACAUGUAUAUAUUGCUUAAAUACAAUUCGUCAGCAUAUGAAUUGUCUGCCACAUAGUGAUCUGCAUCAAGGCACUGGUUAUGUACAUAAUGUAUAGCGAUCUUUUAUGUACAUAAUAUAGACAUAUGUUUUGGGGUGAAUGUCAAGGUUUGCAUGAUUAUACUUAUAAAAUUUAAUGUAUUAAUUUGAUACCCCUUAAUAUGCAAAAUAAAAUUAAUUUUCAGUCACAACCCCAUGCUGAGACACACAGUAUUUGUAUAAGGAAAAUAGCUUCCCUACGGAUUGAAAAUCAGCAGCUGUAUGAAGACCUGGGGAGGCUUCAGACUGAGAAUUGUAUUUUGAAAGAAAACCCGAGUCGGCUGAGCUUCGAGGAGCAGACAAUUUCAAGCGACCGUAGAAUUCAGUUCUACACAGGUGUAACAUCAAAAGCGCUGUUUAUGUGGCUGUUGUCAUUUUGCUCUUUGGCAUUGCCUUCGUGUAAAGUUUUAUCACCAACAUGUGUUUUGAUGUGCUUAAUUAUGAAACUGAGAUUA